AUGUCAUUCACACACGGUACUGUCAUUAAGUGUUUGGUCUGUCUGGUUCUGUCUGGACACCUGGGCGUCGCAAAUUCUGGGGGAAACAAAAGCUUUGGCGGUUCAGGCCACCGCGGCUACGAAUGGGAAGAAGUGGAGGAUCAGUUGAAAUUUGUCAAGCCUGAAGACCUUCGGCGAGGGAUUUGCAAUCCCAGGGAAGCUUUGCAAAAGUUGUUGGAAGAGGUCCCGACCUUGGCAAAAAGAUUUAGCAUUGCAAAUGCGGUUUCCAAGUUUCAAAAGCUUGCGCCGGAGGGCGUGGGCUGGAAAGACAUUGAAGACUUCUUGAGUUGGUGGAAGGAUUGA